AUGCAGGACACGAUGCUGCUGGGCUUGGAGGGAAUAAAGAAAACCAUCCUGCAUGGAGGCAGCGGAGACAUCCCAAAAUUCAUCACUGGGGCAAAGGUGACUUUCCACUUCCGCACCCAGCUAUGUGACGAUGAACGUACAGUGAUAGAUGACAGCAAAGUGGUGGGGACGCCCAUGGAGAUUGUGAUCGGCAACAUGUUUAAACUGGAUAUCUGGGAGACUCUGCUGUCCUCCAUGAGGAUCGGUGAGGUGGCCGAAUUCUGGUGUGACAUCAUUCACACUGGUGUUUAUCCACUUGUGGCCAAGAGUAUGAGGCGCAUCGCAGAGGGCAAAGACCCCGUGGACUGGCACCUCCACACAUGUGGCAUGGCCAACAUGUUCGCCUACAGCACCCUCGGCUACGACGACCUGGACGAGCUGAUGAAGGAACCAAAGCCUCUCUACUUUGUCCUGGAGCUGUGCAAGGUGCAGCAGCCCAGUGAGUACAACAGGGAGACGUGGGCCAUGAACAACGAGGAGAGGCUGAAGGUGGUCCCCGUGCUGCACGGUCAGGGCAACCUGCUCUACAAACAGAAACGCUACCAAGAAGCCACACUCAAGUACAAGGAGGCCCUCAUCUGCAUCAAGAAUGUUCAGACGAAGGAGAAAGCAUGGGAGGUCCCGUGGAUGAAGCUGGAGAAGAUGGCCAACACCUUAACGCUCAACUACUGCCAGUGUCUGCUGCGCAUGGAGGAGUACUACGAGGUCAUCGAGCACACCACUGACAUCAUCAACCAGCACCCAGGUGCAGUGAAAGCCUUCUUCGUGCGAGGGAAGGCCCACGCCGAAGUGUGGAACGAGGCGGAGGCUCGGCAGGACUUCAGCAGGGCGCUGGAUCUGGACCCGGGCAUGAAGAAGGCCAUCAAGAGGGAGCUGGCUGUGCUCAGCAUGCGCUUGGAGGAGAAGAACCAGGAAGACAAGAACAAAUACAAAGGCAUGUUCUGA